UCUUCUCUCUCUCGAACACGACUUUUCAUCCUCUCCCCUUCUAUUUAAACCCAUUCAUCCGCUCUUUCUUCUCAUCGCAAAAACCCGUUUUUCAUCUCUCAUUUUCGUUUUUUCGUUUCUCCCCGUUUCUUUCCGUUUUCUCCUUCCGUAGUUUGAGGCUUUUGAUAGCAGAGAGCAGUCAUGGCCGACCGCAGGCUGACUCGUGUUCACAGCCUCCGUGACCGUUUGGGCGAAUCCCUGAAUGCUCAUCGGAAUGAACUGUCUUACAUUCUCACCAGGUAUGUGAACCAGGGGAAGGGAAUCCUGCAACGGCACCAGGUGCUAACUGAGUUUGAAGCUGUAAUAUCUGAAGGGGAUAAGCAUAACAUAAAGGGAAGUGUAAUUGGAGAGGUUUUGAGAGCGACACAGGAAGCAAUAGUUUCCCCUCCAUGGGUUGCUCUAGCUGUUCGUCCGAGGCCUGGUGUCUGGGAAUAUAUACGCAUGAAUGUGAAUGAAAUGGCCGUGGAGGAGCUGAGCAUUCCUGAGUAUUUGAAGUUUAAGGAAGAUCUUGUGAAUGGGAGCUCCAAUAAUAACUUUGUGCUCGAGCUGGACUUAGAGCCCUUCACUGAUUCUUUUCCUCGGCCUACUCUGUCAAAAUCCAUUGGCAAUGGUGUAGAGUUCCUAAAUCGGCACCUUUCUUCAAAAAUGUUUCAUGACAGAGAGAGCUUGUAUCCACUGCUUGAUUUCCUCCAAGCACAUAACUACAAGGGGAGGACAAUGAUGUUGAAUGACAGAAUUCACAGUCUUAAUGGUCUCCAAGCUGUUAUGAGGAACGCAGAGGAAUAUCUGUCGAUGCUCCCUCCUGAGACACCCUAUUCAGAGUUUGAUCACAAAUUCCAAGAGAUGGGGUUAGAGAAAGGGUGGGGUGAUACAGCUGGCCGUGUGUUAGAGAUGGUUCAUCUGCUCUUGGAACUCCUUGAGGCCCCCGAACCAUGUACCUUAGAGAAGUUUCUUGGGAGGAUUCCGAUGGUGUUUAAUGUUGUGAUCCUUUCUCCUCAUGGAUAUUUUGCCCAAUCUAAUGUUCUGGGGUUGCCCGAUACUGGGGGCCAGGUUGUUUAUAUUUUGGAUCAAGUUCGUGCUUUGGAGCAUGAGAUGCUUCUCAAAAUAAAGCAGCAAGGCCUUGAUAUCACGCCUAAAAUUCUCAUUGUGACUAGACUACUCCCUGAUGCAGUAGGGACUACUUGCAGUCAACGUCUUGAGAAAGUCCUUGGAACAGAUCAUUCAAGCAUUCUGCGUGUUCCUUUCAGAACCAAUAAGGGAAUUCUCCGUAAAUGGAUUUCACGAUUUGAUGUGUGGCCUUAUUUGGAGACUUAUACAGAGGAUGUUGCAAUUGAACUUGCAGCAGAGUUGAAUGGCAACCCUGAUCUGAUCAUUGGAAACUAUAGUGAUGGAAAUCUUGUUGCAUCUUUGCUCGCACAUAAAUUGGGAGUUACACAGUGUACUAUUGCUCAUGCCCUGGAAAAAACUAAGUAUCCAGAUUCUGAUAUAUAUUGGAAAAAACUAGAUGAGAAGUACCAUUUUUCUUGCCAAUUUACAGCUGAUCUAAUUGCCAUGAACCAUACGGACUUUAUUAUCACCAGUACAUUCCAAGAGAUUGCUGGAAGCAAGGACACUGUCGGACAGUAUGAAAGCCACACUGCCUUCACUAUGCCUGAACUCUACCGAGUGGUUCACGGGAUUGAUGUCUUCGAUAUAAAGUUCAACAUUGUCUCACCAGGAGCAGAUAUGGAUAUUUACUUCCCGUAUUCAGAGGAGAAAAGACGGCUUACCACUCUCCACGCUGAAAUUGAGGAGCUACUUUACAGUCCUGUUGAGAACACAGAACACAUAUGCAUGUUAAAUGACCGGAACAAGCCAAUAAUAUUUUCCAUGGCGAGGCUGGACCGUGUUAAGAACCUAACUGGACUUGUUGAGUGGUACGGCAAGAAUUCCCGCCUCAGGGAACUAGUUAACCUUGUAGUGGUGGCCGGCGACCACGGGAAAGAAUCAAAGGACAGAGAGGAGCAAGCUGAGAUGACAAAAAUGAAUUCUUUGAUUGAAACAUACAAAUUGAAUGGCCAGUUCCGAUGGAUUUCAGCUCAAAUGAAUAGGGUGCGCAAUGGUGAGCUCUACCGUUACAUUGCGGACACAAAGGGCGCUUUUGUACAGCCUGCCUUGUACGAAGCUUUCGGGCUAACGGUCGUUGAAGCCAUGACUUGUGGUCUGCCUACUUUCGCGACAAAUAACGGAGGGCCCGCCGAGAUUAUAGUACACGGUGUUUCAGGCUACCACAUUGAUCCCUACCACGGUGAUAAGGCUGCCGACCUUCUUGUCGACUUCUUCACAAAAUGCAAGAAAGAUCCGUCCCACUGGGAUAUAAUCUCUCAGGGGGGUCUGAAGCGCAUUUACGAAAAGUACACGUGGAAGAUCUAUUCUGAGAGGUUGAUGACAUUGGCUGGUGUUUAUGGCUUCUGGAAGUAUGUCUCCAAGCUCGAGAGACGUGAGACCCGGCGCUAUCUUGAGAUGUUCUAUGCACUCAAAUACCGUAAGCUGGCACUGUCUGUACCGUUGGCUUCGGAUGAGUGAAGAACAGUUCGUAGCUCCAUUCCCAUCACUGGCAAUAAGGAGAGCGUGGGUGGGGUGGGAUGUGUGGGAUUUUUCUUGCAUGUGCAUAUUCAGAUGCACGUCGCGUGUUAUCAAUUUUCCUUUCCCUUUUGAAUAACUAGCAUUUUUUGUGUUGGUAUUAUUGCACCGGAUUGUUCGAGCUUGCAUUAGGAAAGCAUUUGCUCUCUUGUUUUGAUCAGGUUUUGUAUACGACGAACAAGUGUAUGAUUUAUACCAGCAUGCAAUGCAAAGUUUGCGAGUUGUGAUUUGUUUUCAA